AUGUUGCGCCUCGCGGCCAAGCUGGUGGCCUUCUUUUGGAGGAAGGCGGACCCCCCCGACGAGGACGCCGGGAGGCAGAACCAGGAGCUCGCGGAAGGUGAGACUAAGCUGAAAACCGUACAAGGUGUUGUGACAAGGUACUGCAGUGAUUAUGGCAUGAUUGAUGAUUUGAUCUACUUCUCUAAUGAAGCUGUGACUAGCAAAGUGCUUCUGAAUGUUGGACAGGAAGUUAUUGCAAUUGUAGAAGAAAAUAAAGUAUCAAAUGGACUGAAAGCAAUCAGGGUAGAGGCUGUCUCUGAUAGAUGGGAAGAUGAUAGCAGAAGCCACAGUGGGGGGCUUUCAGGCUCCAGCCCCCGAGUGCUGAUUGGCUGUGUGACUUCCCUGAUGGAAAGUGCGGGCUACAUCAGUCAGACCACAUACUUCUCUCUGGAGAGUGUGUGUGAAGGUUUUGAGCCCUGCAAGGGAGACUGGGUGGAGGCUGAGUACUGGAUCCGGCCUGGCACAUGGAGCAGCGAGGCCAUCUCUGUGAAGCCGCUGAGGUACAAGCGUGUGGACAAGGUCUGUAUCUCAAGCCUCUGUGGAAGGAACGGAGUGAUCGAGGACAGUAUCUUCUUCUCCUUGGACUCUCUGAAACUGCCAGAUGGGUACAUUCCCCGCAGAGGUGAUGUCGUCAACGCAGUGGUGGUGGAAAGCAGCCAGUCCUGCUACAUCUGGAGAGCACUUUGCAUGACCCCAGCAAAGAGGCGAGAUUCUGCUGCUGUUGGUGAGGUGACUGAAGAGUCCUAUGGAGCCCUGUUAUUAAAGAACAAAGGUGGUAUUGAAGUUACUCAGAUGACACAUUUUGGAACCCUCAAGGAAGGAGGAAGUAAGAGUAUGGUGAUCUGGAUUGAGAAUAAAGGAGACAUUCCUCAAAACUUAGUCAGCUGUAAACUGGCUGGCUGGGAUAAAGCUAAACAGUUCAGAUUCCAAAUGCUGGAUAAAGACCAAAUGUGCCCAGUGGUAUCUUCCGUUUCUGUUCCUGAGAAGAAUUUAUCAGAUGAAAAUAUUAAUUCAUUAAAUACCUAUAGAAAAAACAUAACCUGUCAGACAUCAGAGAGCAGUUUGGUGGACGACAGAGAAGUGUCUCCAGAUGACUGUACCUGUAAAGGAAAAAGUGGAGAAAAGGAAGGCACUUCACCAAGGAAGCAGGGGACGGCACCCGAGCCAGGGGGGCUUGUCCCUCCAGGGGAGAAAGUCUCCGUGAUGGUCGUAUGUGAUGCAAAAAAUUCUGGCCGCUGCAAGGAGCUCCUUUUGCUGUGUUUUUCUAAUUUCCUAAUUGGGCGAUACCUUGAAGUAAAUGUUGUGAGUGGAGAGGAGUCCCUGAUAGCUGUCCGUGAACCAUUUUCUUGGAAAAAACCUAAAAGUUCCCAAGCUUUAGCAUCCACAAAAACUACAGUUGUCGUGACCACACAGAAAAGGAAUUCAAGACGACAACUUCCCAGUUUUCUUCCACAGUAUCCCAUACCAGAUAGACUUAAAAAAUGCGUGGAACAAAAAAUUGACAUCCUGACUUUUCAGCCACUACUCGCUGAGCUUUUGAACAUGUCAAAUUACAAGGAGAAGUUCUCAACUUUGCUGUGGCUUGAGGAGAUUCAUGCAGAAAUAGAACUGAAAGAGUAUAAUAUGAGUGGCAUCACCUUGAAGAGGAACGGGGACUUGCUGGUCUUGGAGGUCCCAGGGUUAGCUGAAAGCAGGCCCUCUCUGUAUGCAGGUGAUAAAUUGAUUUUAAAAACUCAAGAGUACAAUGGACAUGUCAUCGAGUACAUCGGCUAUGUGAUUGAGAUUCAUGAAGAAGACGUAACUCUCAAACUAAAUCCAGAAUUUGAACAAGCAUAUAACUUUGAACCUAUGGAUGUGGAAUUUACAUAUAACAGGACCACAAGCAGACGGUGCCACUUUGCACUUGAACAAGUCAUCCACUUAGGUGUAAAAGUAUUGUUUCCAGAAGAAAUCAUUUUACAGUCUCCCCAAGUGACAGGGAAUUGGAACCAUGCACAAGACAUCAAAAAUGAUGGACAGUCUACCACCAAGAAAAGCAGGAAAACCAUAAAGGACCAAAGUAAACAUGGAACAAAGAAGUGUGCUGGUGGCCAGGACCUGCCUGGGGUGGAGGCGCUGACUGUGGAGACGAGCACUCUGGUCAAUGAAAUUCCAGCCGCUAAAGCAAAAGAGAAGGAAUUUUUCAAUCCAGUGCUAAAUGAAAAUCAGAAGUUAGCAGUUAGAAGGAUUCUGAGUGGGGAUUGCCGCCCGCUCCCGUAUGUUCUCUUUGGACCUCCUGGGACUGGAAAGACGGUCACAAUAAUAGAGGCUGUCCUGCAGGUACAUUUUGCUUUGCCAGACAGUCGGAUUUUGGUCUGUGCACCCUCAAACAGCGCUGCUGACCUUGUAUGUUUGCGGCUGCAUGAAAGCAAGGUACUGAGGCCAGCGGCCAUGGUCCGCGUGAAUGCCACCUGCAGAUUUGAGGAGGUGAUCAUUGAUGCCAUCAAACCAUACUGCAAGGAUGGAGAAGACAUCUGGAAGGCUUCACGCUUCCGCAUAAUAAUCACAACCUGCAGCAGCGCUGGGCUUUUUUACCAGAUAGGAGUGAGGGUUGGACACUUUACUCACGUGUUUGUAGAUGAGGCCGGGCAGGCGAGUGAACCGGAGUGCCUCAUUCCUCUGGGGCUGAUUUCAGACAUCAGUGGCCAGAUCGUGCUUGCUGGAGAUCCCAUGCAGCUCGGCCCAGUCAUCAAGUCCCGACUGGCCAUGGCCUAUGGGCUGAACGUGUCCAUGUUGGAGAGGCUGAUGUCCCGACCAGCAUAUCUGAGGGAUGAAACUGCUUUUGGUGCUUGUGGCGCAUACAACCCCCUGCUGGUCACGAAGCUCGUGAAGAACUACAGAUCCCACGAGGCCCUGUUGGCUCUGCCUUCACGGCUAUUCUAUCACAGGGAGCUGGAAGUGUGUGCAGACCCCAAAGUGGUGACCUCUUUGCUGGGCUGGGAGAAGUUACCUCAGAAAGGCUUCCCGCUCAUCUUCCAUGGUGUGAGAGGCAAUGAGGCGCGUGAAGGGAGAAGCCCAUCGUGGUUCAACCCUGCUGAGGCUGUCCAGGUCAUGCGCUACUGCUGCCUCCUGGCCCGGAGUGUCUCCAGUCAGGUGUCUGCCAGCAACAUUGGCGUCAUCACACCCUACCGGAAGCAGGUGGAGAAAAUCAAAAUCCUCCUGCGAAAUGUUGAUCUGAUGGAUAUAAAGGUUGGAUCAGUAGAGGAGUUUCAAGGGCAAGAAUAUUUGGUUAUCAUCAUUUCAACUGUACGGUCAAAUGAAGAUAGAUUUGAAGAUGAUCGUUAUUUUUUGGGUUUCUUGUCCAACUCAAAAAGAUUUAAUGUUGCAAUCACCAGACCCAAAGCUUUGCUGAUUGUGCUGGGAAACCCUCAUGUUCUUGUGCGAGACCCCUGUUUUGGCGCUUUGUUAGAGUACAGCAUCACCCAUGGUGUUUACACAGGGUGCAACUUACCUCCUGAGCUGCAGUCUCUGCAGAGCAUCACCCUUCCCUGUGCAGCCUAA